AUGAAGCACCAGUGCCAGUCGCAGUUCUCUCCUGAGCACGCCUUACCUGAAGUGCAUGGCUCUGCUGGUUGCGGAACUCGAAAGGAUGAACAACGUGGUAGUGUCAGUCCUCGUCUCGCUUUGAUGAGAACACGUACUUACAACGCAAAAAGAGGGUCACGAUGUGAAACUCUUUUUAUUGACAAUAGUCAACUGAACUCUACUGAUACGGGCGUAGGGACAGUCGUGACGGUGAUAUGUAACACAGGUUACACACUUGUCGGCUCUAACCAAAGGGAAUGCUUAUCUUCGCAAAGUUGGAGUGGGGACACUGAUUGUUUGGAACUGCAGUGCUCUCCAUCACUAUCAAUGCUUAACGGAAAAUUUCUUUUUAAGAGAACAGGCCCACAAAUUACAGUCAAUCUAGUCUGUGACGAUGGCUACCAUGCCCAGGGCAAUUUGAACAGCGUGUGCUCUAUUAGUGGACGGCAGCUCAGUCUUCGACGAGCAGCUAGUUGUACAGCUAUUCGUUGCUCUCGGCCAACUCUACCCAAUGGAGUAAUACUAAUGGCUGACAGUAUUUUUGGAAGCACGAUCACAUUUUCUUGUGACAUUGGUUACACGCUGAUGGGAAAAGCUGAAGCUACAUGCACUGCAAAUAGAACGUGGAGUUCAUCUAUCCCUACUUGCGUCAGAGAAGGUUGUGAAAGUCCUUUUAUUUCUAAUCAUGAAGUGAACUCUACUGAAGCAAACACAGGCACAUUUGUUUCACUAAAGUGUUACCCAAGCUACUCAUCCGUGGGUUCUGACUGGAAAGAAUGUUUAUCUUCGAAAACGUGGAGUGGAGACGCGGCGUGUGCCGAAUUGCAUUGCUUUCCAUCACUGUCAGUCCGUAAUGGACGAUUUCUUUAUAAGAGUAAUGAUUCCGGAAUUAUGGUGACUUUAGCCUGUGACACGGGCUACAAGGCUCAGGGUGCUUUGCAAUCCGUGUGUUCCAUUAGUGGACGACGGCUCUACCUUCAACGUCCAAAGAAUUGCUUGGUUAUUCGUUGCUCUCGUCCAGCUCUACCUAAUGGAAGAACCACAAUGACUGAUGUUAUCUUUGGGAGUAUGGUCAGGUUUUCUUGCAAUAAUGGUUACACAAUGGUUGGAGAAACAAAUUCUACAUGCAUUACAAAUGGAACUUGGAGUUCAACUGUUCCUACUUGCAUCAAAAAAGUAUUUUCUAAGCCUUUCAAAGAUCCGAGUCGUUUGCUUUCAUCAUUUCAAGAUAAUUUCUUUGGGAGUUUGAUCACGUUUACAGCUGCGGCUCAACCUGUUGCCCAACAACGCCAAACCAAAUUAAUCCAGCACCGCAAUGAUGAAGAUAAUGUUGCAUUAGAUAUUAUCUUUGCGAUGGACACGUCAGCAAGCAUUACUCGUCAACGAUUUGAUAAUCAUUUGAAACCGUUUCCAAAUAUGGUUGCUCAAUACUUUCCUGUAUCCCCAUUGCAUACAAAUGUAGGCGCUAUUGCAUUUGGCUACAGGAUCUAUGUCAUUUCACAUCUGACUGACAAUCUUGACAAUUUCAAUCGCGAAAUCAGCAGAUUUGUUUAUAAAGACGAAGGAGCUACUAAUACUGGUCAAGCACUGUUGCUGGCAAUAGAAAUGUUUAACACAUCUGGAAGACCAUCGGCAAAUACAAAGCGAGUCGUGAUCUUGCUGACCGACGGCCAUAGAAACAUGGGUCCAAACAUCGCGGCUACAGCCGAGCAACUGAAACUAAAUGCAAUAGAAGUAUUCGCUUUUGGAUUAGGAUCUGCUGUUAACGAAGCUGAGUUACACACACUGGCCUCUCCACCAAGUGACAGACACGUCUUCUUGAUCAAAUCCUUUCGUUUAUUUCGGAACUUUACGUUAAGCAUCGUUCCAAAAUCGAUCAACGAACACUGCGGAAUUUCUGGGUUUCCUGGUUUUCAUUCUCGAAUCUACGCAGGAGAUAGAUCGGCAUAUGGUGCGUGGCCAUGGAUGGCGGCCAUUUUCAAAUUUAAUCGAUCGUCUUCAAUGUGGGAUUUUACUUGUGGAGGUUCUCUUCUUAAUAACCGAUGGAUCGUAACUGCCGCUCAUUGUAUUUACGAUGAACGUGGAACUUCUCAAGAAAUAGUGAGAGUUCAACUUGGCAAGCAAUAUUUGUAUGUAAGCAACCCACACGAACAGACUUACACAGCAAACGUCAGCACAGCAAUAAUGAAGGAAUAUAGCCCAUUCACAAUCGACAAUGAUUUUGCUUUGUUACGUCUAAACAAGACUGUUACCUUCAACAGGUUUGUCCGACCAAUAUGUUUGCAUCAGGAUCCCAUAUACUACCAAAAUUCUUCAAGCCUCUAUGUCGGUCGGAGAGCUACUAUUAUCGGAUGGGGAAGUUACUCUUCGUCUCACUCAGAGUUAUCUCCAGUUUUGAGAGAAGCUACAGUUACCAUAGAAAGUAAGUCAGAAUGCAAUCGAGUCUUAUCUGUAACACACCUCACAGACAGCAUGUUAUGCGCUCAAAGCAAUAAAACGGAUGCUUGUUGGGGAGAUAGUGGAGGACCCAUGAUGUGCCAAGAUCUCAAUACUAACCGUUUUUUCCUUUGCGGAAUAAUCAGCUAUGGACGUUCACGAAAAUGCUCAGCAGGACAUGGUGUAUACACAAACAUUAUGAAAUUUGUGACUGGCGUAGUUUUUCCUACUCUCCAUAAUAACAGUUAGGCUGGCAGCAACUAGGCUACAGGGCAUGUGGCUUUAUCAACAUGUGCGCCUGCUCGGAAUAGCAAGCUGUAGUGUGCAUUUUG